UGAAAACCCAAACAAUCCGCGAGGUUUCGUUCGCUCAAAAUUUAAAUAAUUUUAUGUCCGACCAAAGGCGAACAUGGAUAAUGGGAUAUUCACUCUGGAAUACUUUUGUCGGCUGUGCGCCUCGGAAGGUGUGAUCAUACAUCCGCUGUUUCCGCCGGGAGAUGAUGAUCCGAAGCAUGAGCUAGUGCGUAUGAUCGAGGUGCUUACUUCCGUUCCGCUCCAGCGCCCAGCAGACAGUGGGGCCGUCAUCUGCGACAAAUGCCUGCAGCUGCUCGAUCUGUUCUGCCAGUUCCGCGAGGAGUGCCUCCGCCAGGAUGUGCUCAUUCGAACGAAACGGACGCUCAUUGGAGAGGAGCUAGUACGGCAGCGUUUCCAGCAACAGCAGCAGCAACUACUCUGUGAUCCAGAACCGGACUCUCAACCGCAACAGUUGCUGGAGGUGAAACUUGAAGAGGAUGAUGAGACUGAUACAAAUGUUCCUCGCCAGUUGUGCCAGGGUGAGAGCGAACGAGCAGCAAUAGAUCCGGCCAGCAUUCCACUAGUAACAGAGAUAGCAGACUACAAGGAAGAGUGUAGCGCAUUAGAUGCAUCGGAACAGGAUCCGCCUGUCCUCGAUGGAGAUGAAUGCGAUCGCCAGGAUGUUGACCUAGCAUCCGUUGUCCCCACUGUUGCCAGUUGCCUCGAACCGACCACCUUCACUAGCCCCGGCAUUGCACUGUUCUCGCAGGCACAUGGACUCUCCAUAUCCGUGCAAGUUAAUCAAAUGUCGCUGGACGAAACGGUACACGAGAUGACGAAUGGAGUACCACCUCUCGGCUUCAAGUCGGAUGUUGCCAAAAAGAGAAGUAAGAAGGCCACAAAAGAGAACCCCAGUAAAGAGGCGCACACAGCGUACGAGUCAUCCCACGGGCGGUGUCAGGAGGCGUUCGAUACGACAUGCGAGUUAGACGAUCAAGCAUUCGCAUCCGAUAGAGCCGGAUCGACGCGAUGCUCGUUGGCCUGCGAUCCGUGCCAGAUGCGUUUCACCAAAUCCUACAACCUGAAGCGCCACAUGUACGAGGUGCACGGUGAGCUGGCUCCCGGUUUAACGGUGAUCGAGUGUGAGUACUGCGGAGAGCGGUUUCUGCGGGGCUACACGCUCAAUCGUCACAUUGCCAAGAUGCACAGUGCGCGGUGCAAGAACAAAAAGAAGCUAAAAAUACUCGCCAUUAAAGCCAAAGCGUAGAGCUGACCUGUCUAGGGACACCAAUAAGGAGGAGGGAAACAAUGGACGACCAACAGGAACCUGAUGAACCUACUUGUCCGCAGUCGGAACGAAGAUUAGCCUUGGUCGGUAGCCCACCGCUAGGGCACAACUACUGCUGAAGGUAGUUCCUAAUCAACUCAGUAACGAUAAGAGCGUAUACCUAUUUCUCAUAGUUUACCCUAGUCAGGUAGAAGAGAAAGAGUUUUCAAUUGUAUUAUUGCAUUACAAAAGCAAACGAAUGACGGAUGAUCUCAAAAUAUAAAUGACCAGAUAUGUAUAUAUUUCAGCGAA